GUGUAAUACAAAUACUAUAAAAUUUGUUUGUAUACAGCUCUCUAUUACUUUCAGAAUGUAGUUUUGAAAUACAUAUCUGCAAAAUUUAAUCUUCUUUUUUCUUCAAAUAUAAAAGAUCACUAUAUUAAGCAGUGAAAUGGCCACAAACGAUAGCUCAGAAAGCCCACCUAAAAGUGUUAACGAUGAAAAGAACCCUAUGCCAAGUUCGACGACAACUGUACAAAAUUCAGUUCCUACGAGCACUACACCAGUAAGUCAGAGCAACCGUAAUGGUGGUAAUACAACUGAAACGACGAAUAAAACUACCACAGAUUCAAAGAAACCUAAUUAUAUAAUCAAGUACACGUUGGCUGGUCAUACAAAAGCAAUCUCAUCAGUGAAGUUCAGUCCAUGUGGUGAAUGGUUGGCUACUUCAUCUGCUGACAAAAUGAUUAAAAUCUGGGGAGCUCAUGAUGGAAAGUUUGAAAAAACAAUAUCAGGACAUAAAUUGGGAAUAUCAGAUGUGGCUUGGUCAUCUGAUUCUAAGCUUUUGGUUUCAGCAUCCGAUGAUAAAACAUUGAAAAUCUGGGAAUUUUCCUCUGCUCGAUGUUUGAAGACAUUGAAAGGACACAGUAACUAUGUAUUUUGCUGUAACUUUAAUCCACAGUCAAAUCUAAUUGUUUCUGGUUCGUUUGAUGAAAGUGUUCGUAUCUGGGAUGUUAAAACUGGCAAAUGUUUGAAGACUUUACCAGCUCAUUCAGACCCUGUUACUGCUGUUCACUUUAACCGUGAUGGAGCUUUAAUAGUAUCAAGUAGUUAUGACGGUUUAUGUCGUAUUUGGGAUACAGCUUCUGGUCAAUGUUUAAAGACAUUAAUAGAUGACAAUAAUCCUCCUGUUUCAUUUGUGAAAUUUUCACCUAAUGGAAAAUAUAUUUUGGCUGCCACGUUAGACAACACACUGAAACUGUGGGAUUACAGCAAAGGAAAGUGCUUAAAGACUUAUACUGGGCACAAGAAUGACAAAUAUUGCGUAUUCGCAAACUUCUCCGUGACUGGAGGAAAGUGGAUUGUGUCUGGGUCCGAAGAUAACUUGGUGUACAUUUGGAAUUUACAGUCGAAAGAAGUUGUACAAACACUUGCUGGUCAUACAGAUGUCGUUCUAUGUUGUGCGUGUCAUCCUACGGACAACAUCAUUGCAUCUGGAGCUUUAGAAGACGAUAAAACCAUCAAAAUUUGGAAGUCAGACACGUGAAAAAUAAGUAUAAAAAAAUGAAGGUGAUGCUUCAUCAUGACAAAUAGUAAUGAAGCGAAUAUUUCUUGAAAACUUCGAUGUCAUCACUCGAGUUAUAAUUUAAGUAAUUGCAUUCGCAAUUAUUCUUUAUGCAUGACGUAAAAGAACACGUUCCUUCGAUUGUAUAUAAAGUAAUUGCAUUUGCAAUCAUUCUACCUAAAAACGUAAGAAAAGAUUUAUAGAGUUUUUGUUACUAUGUACUUAAGACUGGUGAGUUACCAUAGCAAUAUGGUGAAAUACUCAUUGUAAUUAAUCGUUGAUUCUCGUGAACUAUUUUAAACAGAAAUAUUUGUAAAAAAGACAUUAGAAACCAUUGUGACGGUAGGUUGGUUGAUAUCAAAACGGAUAGAUAAAUUACAUCGUGGAAAUGGAAGUUUUCAUGGUGUUUAUUUUCAUUUUCA